AUGUUUACUAUUGCUUCGAUUGCUACUCUCCGACCUCCGUAUACGCCGCCGUCUACAACUCAACAGCCUACGACCGCCCGUAACUCCUUACCCAAACGCGCGUGUAGGUAUGAGCUUUCACAUUUGACCCCAUUUCUCAACGUUACAUUUUGUUGAUUUUUUUUUUUUUUUUUGGAUUUCACAUUUUGUAGAUAGCGCGUUUCAGUCUACGAUCGUCCGUACACAACGCCACAUCCAACAUGAACUGACGUCGUUCCGAUACCGUUUAGCCCGCACACGGCGUGUGCCCCAACCGACAUAA